GUAAGAAGUAGAAGUUAUACGAAUUAUAUAAACCAUGAAGUUUGCGAUCAUCUGCUGCUUACUGGCAUUCUUUGCCUGUCAACUCGUCCUGGCAGACGUAUAUCAAGACCAAAUAAAUGACUUCAAGAAGGCAAAAGAGGCAGAAAUUCAGAAACUCAUUGAUGCUGGAACUGCACAACAAAAGGCGAAGACUAUAUCUUGUCAGGUCAAUUUUGCGAUCCCAGUCAAAAAUACUGUUGAAAAAGUCUGUUUUCCCGAAUUGGCUAAAUGUCCAAAGCAAGUAAAGACUGCUGAACAGUGCACUAAAACCCAGGUUGCUACUUGUAUAAACGAGAUACAAUUUAUUGUGGAUAAUACCAAGAAAUGCAUCACCGAAAAAUCAUACUAGUGAUUAUGUUUCCUGUAGUUUAUAAGUAAAUAAGUGUGAAAUCAUAAUUUAUUAUUUUGUACCCUAUAUAAUAUUGGAUCAGUA